AUCUCUUUAUAUGGUUAUAAUCAGAGACGCUAAAGUCCCUUUAAUUCAUCCCCCGUUGUUUAUGGGUUGUCAUUUCAAUACAGAGGACAUGCAGUGUCGCUGCAUACAUGUCCACUCAGCAUAUUCAUAGUGUUGUCCACAGUUACUUUAGGAUGUUUUCUUUUUUCUAACCGAUAAUAGAGACAAUACAAGGAAAUGGGAAGAGGCUUCUGAAUGGGCUAAGAUUCCAGAGGUUCCCAGAACACGCAUGCACUUCGGUGUAGCUGGAGAGCUGAAGAAACAAAAGCUUUUUUUAAUGAAAUUAGAUUAAAAGUUCCACAGCUGGGUCAACAACGUCUUUGAACUGGCUGACGGGAAUCGGAGAUAAUGGCCGAAGUUAUUCCCCUCAGAGAGAAAAAACAGAAGACUCUCCCUCGGACUGAUGAUGGGUGUGGUCUCUCUAACCCUGAAGCUUUGGACUUAACUGGCGGGUUGAGAAUAGUCUUGGUGGGCAAGACCGGAUCAGGGAAGAGUGCGUCCGGGAACACCAUCCUGGGGAGGGCGGCCUUCAAGGAGGACCCCAGCUCGGUGUCGGUGACCCAGCACUGCGACACGGCCCGCGGGGAGGUGGACGGCACGGUGGUGCAGGUCAUCGACACCCCGGGGCUGUUCGACACGGCCGUGACGCAGGAGGAGGUCAAGGCCAAAAUAGAGGAGUGCGUCCAGAUGUCGGUGCCCGGGCCCCACGCCUUCCUGCUGGUGAUCAGGCUGGGGGUGAGGUUCACGGAGGAGGAGCGGAACGCCGUCAAAUGGAUCCAGGAGAACUUUGGAGACGACGCCUCCAUGUACACCAUCAUGCUGUUCACGUGCAAAGACCAGGCCAAGGCGGACAACGCGCUGAAGGAGUGCAAGGAGCUGCGGCGGCUCUCCAUCACGUUCGGACGGCGGUAUCACGCCUUCAACAACAACGACCCCAAGGACCGCCUGCAGGUCACGGAGCUCAUCACCAUGAUCCGGGAGAUGGUGCAGGAGAACGGCGGGAAGCACUACACCAACGAGAUGUACGAGAAGGCCCAGCGCAAGCUGCGGGAGGAGGAGGAGCGCAAGACGCAAGAGGAGCAGCAGAAGAAAGAGGAGGAGAGGAAGGUGUGGGACGAGGAGAGGGAGAAGAUGAAGAUAGAGAGGGAGAAGAAGAAAAGGCUCAGGAAAAAGACCAUCGGCAUGGCCUGCGCCUCCGCCGUGGUGUUGGUGUUGGUGGGGGCCGCCAUAGCGAUCGGCGCCGAGACGACGGUGGCCCUGGCCCUCGGAGCGCCCACCCUAGUACUGGGGGCGGCCUGUGGUCUGGCUGCCGUUUACAUCUGGAAAAGACGAAGCGGCAAAUCCAAGGUCGUGGUUUUGCCGGUGUAUGCCCCGCAGGCAUGUGACGGCAUGUUGGUCCACUGAUUCUGCCUGACAGUUUGAUUAAAGUAUUAUUCUGAAUGAAGUAGCCCACUUUUGGGUGUAUUUAUUGUGAAACUGAGCUCUCCAACACUGUCAUUAUACACCACAUUAUUACCAAGAAUGUAAAAACAAGCGUUUUCAAUGUAUUGUUGUUGAUUUUUUAUGCCAUUCGCAGCACCCUACUGUUAAUAUGAUUUAUUUUCUUAAAUGGCUUGAACAAGA